AUGGAAGGAAACUUGCCUGGAGGCAUCUGGAAGAGGACCAAGAAGAAUUUUAACUUAGAUUUUGCGACCUUUGCGACCGUCGAGCCAAUGGCGCACGAAUCAGAAAACGGCAGUGAGAAGAAGAUGGCGGAGGGAGGUAAUGAUGCAGAGCUACUCAAGGAGAAGGCGAAUAAGUACUUCAAAGAGAAAGACUAUGAAAAUGCUAUCAAGUACUACUCAGAGGCCUUGGAGCUCAAUCCAUCCAAUGCCAUCUACUACAGCAACCGAAGCCUGGCAUACCUACGCACAGAGUGCUAUGGUUAUGCCCUGGCGGAUGCUACGAAGGCCCUGGAGAUAGACAAGAACUACAUUAAGGGGUAUUAUCGCCGUGCCACCUCCAACAUGGCACUGGGCAAGUUUAAGGCUGCACUUAAGGACUACGAGACGGUAGUAAGAGUUCGACCAAAUGACAAGGAUGCAAGGAUGAAGUAUCAGGAAUGUAACAAGAUUGUGAAACAGAAGGCUUUUGAGAGAGCCAUCGCCAGCGAUGAGAUAAAAAAAUCUGUUGUUGACUCACUGGACAUUGAAAAUAUGACGAUCGAGGACGACUACGUUGGCCCCAAACUGGAAGAUGGGAAGGUCUCAAUGAAGUUCAUGAAUGAGAUGAUGGAUUGGUUCCAAGACCAGAAGAAGCUGCACAGAAAGUGUGCUUAUCAGAUUUUGGUGCAAGUUAAAGAUGUUCUAUCAAAACUACCAAGUUUGGUUGAAAUCACAUUAAAAGAGACAGAAAAAAUAACAAUUUGUGGUGACACCCAUGGGCAAUACUACGAUCUCCUCAACAUCUUCAAGUUGAACGGCUUACCCUCAGAGACCAACCCUUAUCUCUUCAAUGGUGACUUUGUGGAUCGCGGCUCUUUCUCUGUUGAGGUCAUUCUUACCCUCUUUGGCUUCAAGCUGCUCUACCCCGACAACUUCCACUUGCUUAGGGGUAACCAUGAGACGGACAACAUGAACCAGAUGUAUGGAUUUGAAGGGGAGGUCAAGGCCAAGUACACAGCCCAGAUGUUCCAGCUGUUCAGCGAGGUCUUCCAGUGGCUGCCUCUUGCACAGUGUAUCAAUAACAAAGUAUUGGUUAUGCAUGGGGGGCUGUUCAGUGAAGAUGGUGUCACAUUGGAGGACCUCAGGAAGAUUGACAGGAACAGACAGCCUCCAGACUCAGGUCCCAUGUGUGACCUCCUCUGGUCAGAUCCACAGCCUCAGAAUGGCCGGUCGAUCAGCAAGCGAGGCGUGAGUUGUCAGUUCGGGCCAGAUGUGACGGAGCGCUUCCUGGAACAGAACAAGCUGGACUUCAUCGUGCGUAGUCAUGAGGUCAAAGCUGAGGGCUACGAGGUCACUCACUCAGGGAAGUGCAUCACCGUGUUCUCAGCACCCAACUACUGUGAUCAGAUGGGAAACAAAGGAGCGUAUAUUCACCUCAGGGCAUCAGACCUCAAGCCAGAAUUUCACCAGUUCACUGCUGUGCCUCAUCCGAAUGUCAAACCCAUGGCAUAUGCCAACACGCUAAUGCAGUUGGGGAUGAUGUAGAGGCCACGCUAAUCUGUCUGUGACACUGAUGACCUCCCAUCUGACCCGAACCAUCCCAGCCACCUCACUCCUCCAGUGCUUGGACAUGCUCUCAUUCAUGCUUAGCCUAAGGGAUCCCUCUCCCCGACCAACUUCCACUAGUUGUAUGCAGAAAACGUGUGGUGUAGUUCAAAUGGGAAGAGAUCACUUAGACCAGACCAGCUCAGCCCAGUCCAAAACUGGACACGUCCUUCCAUGUUAUUAGUUAAAACUGGAAAACCCCCGCAUUUCUAUUGUCCUUUUACUCGCUCAUGUGUUCCAUCACUGGGUAAAAAAACCAACCCUGAGAAUUUGAGAUGAGUCUCCUUGGAGCUGCUUGGUUUUUAAAUAUUUGUUAUACUCAGCAGAUGGUAUGUACCAAAGAUCUGUGAUGAAAAUGAUUGUUCAGUUUUUACAAGAUGCAUCUUGU